GUCAUCUCAACCAAACAAACUCCAAGAGGACUAUCGCGACCAACAUGUCAAAGCUCAAUCUCAAUUUGUCUGCCUCAUUGAACAUUUUCAAGCUUAUCGCUAAGCCUUCACUUUGUCUGCCCCACGUUACAGUUCCAACGUUCAAUGACCUGCCCAUCCCUCUUAACAAAGCCUUCUCCGGCAAUGGCGAGAAGAAGGUUGACAUAAAGGCUGUCGUGCUCGACAAAGAUGACUGCUUUGCCUAUCCUGAUCACAAUGAAGUGUAUGAGGCUUACAAGGAACGCAUGGAGGCUCUACGAGCAGCAUACCCAGGACGCCGUCUUCUGAUUGUCUCCAACACUGCUGGUGCCCUAAGCUGGGACAAGGACGGCCAGAUGGCAUCCGCAGUUGAAAAGGCCACCGGCAUCACUGUUCUCCCUCAUGGUGUGAAAAAGCCAGGCUGUGGAGACGAGAUUAUGUCCUACUUCCGUGCCCACCCGGAAACCGGUGUCACCAGUCCUCACCAGAUCGCCGUCGUGGGAGACCGACUGGCCACUGACAUGAUGCUUGCCAACAUGAUGGGCAGCUAUGGCAUCUGGAUCAAGGAUGGAGUUGUUCCCCACCAGCAGAAGAGCAUCUGGUCGAGAGUUGAGAGGACUGUUGCGCCCUUCCUUGUAUCCCGUGGUUAUACCGCUCCUGAGCCAGUGAGCCCCUUUGAGUAACUGCAUUUGUGCUUCUCCAGAGAAAGAAGACAGCGUGUAGUAAUGUAUUUUUUCUGCAUAUCCCCAGGAUCUGAGGUGGGUUCUUUUUUUCUUUCGAAUCUCUGUUCCAUCCUCUUUGAUUGUUCCGUCGUCGUUGUCCUCCUCUGCGUUGCGGUUUUGCCCUAUUUAUAUGUCUUGCUCGUUGUGUCCAUUUCCCAUGAAACGUGUUUCUUGUCUCGCUUAAUGGAGGUUUCUGGCGCGAGGGAAACAGGCGUGCUUCAGAUUUCCUCUCAGCUGCCGGGCCUGUCUUUCCGUCU